AUGUUUAAGAAAUUUUCGAAGGAAGAGAUUCAUUCAAGAUCAAAUAUUAAGUCAUCUGUUCAAAGAGGUCUUAAAGCUAAUUUUGUAUCGCUUUACCCUAAUAUAGAACAAGCAAUUGAUCUAGUUAUACCGAAAAAAUCUCAAGUUAUAUUGAUCAAAUGCGAAGAUAAAAUUCAAUUAUAUUCAGUUGAUAAAAGUGAUGAAGAUGGAGAAAAUCGUGAAAUCGUCAUGUUUCAACAUUUUAAUGAUGAUCUAGUACCUACAUUAACAACAAUUCAUAAAUUUCCUGAAGCUUUUCCUCGUGUACAGGUUGACCGUGGUGCUAUAAAAUUUGUUUUAGGUGGUGCCAAUAUUAUGUGUCCUGGUUUAACAUCUCCUGGAGCUAAAUUACCUGAUGAAAAUAUUGAAGAAGGUAAGAUUGUUACUGUUUAUGCUGAAGGAAAAGAACAUGCUUUAGCAGUUGGAAAAUUAUUAAUGAGUACUGAUGACAUAAAAAGUAAAAAUAAAGGACAUGGUGUAGAAUUAAUACAUUAUUUAGGAGAUGGAUUAUGGAAUUAUCAUGAUUAG